CUGUAUGGAAAGAAAGAGGUAAGCCUAUCAAUCAUGAUUUUAUAUGAUCCACGUGAUAACACGAGUUUAGAGUAUUCAAAAGUACGUCUAGGUAUACGGAACUAAAUCCAAUAAUGGAGGCGGGAACAGAGCAAUCAAAGGAAGAGUCUUCAGAAGAUUUCAAUAUUAGGAAGAGUUCUUCUUCAUCAUCAGUGGAUGAAGAUGAAAGAAAGUUACUUGCUGGCUCGUACUGGCUGGUUAGAAUAUUGUUCAUUAGAUCAUUUUCAGCUAUUUACUUUGUAGCAUUUCUUAUUGCACUCUAUCAGAACAAACAGCUCUUGGGAAGAAAUGGGCUCCUACCAAUUCACUUAUACCUUCAAAAUAUUCAAAAGAACAUAGGCAGUGAGUCUUCAUGGAAACUGAUGAGUUUUGUCCCAACAUUAUUUUGGUGGGUACCAGAAGAGUACAUUGAUAUUAGUUUAGAUUCAAUGGCAACAGUGGGACUGGUGGUAUCUGGUACAAUGGUGUUUCUUGGUGCAGGGAAUGUAAUUAUGUUCUUUAUAUUGUGGGGACUGUAUCAGUCAUUAUCUAAUGUGGGUCAGAGAUGGUAUUCAUUUGGUUGGGAGUCUCAGUUACUUGAAAUGGGUUUCCUUGCAAUGUUCUUAUCUCCAGUUUUGAGUUUGAGCCAGUUUCCACGUCACACGCCCACAAGCUGGACCAAUGUCUGGGGAAAUCGCUGGAUGAUAUUCCGCAUUAUGAUUGGAGCUGGUUUGAUAAAGAUGAGAGGUGAUAGCUGUUGGAGGGACUUGACUUGUAUGAACUAUCAUUAUGAGGUUUGUGCAUUCUGUGUACAUUACUAUUAUCAAUAUUGUCCUCCAAAAGGUUAUUACAUUAGGAAGGUUGUAUCUAUUAGCUUGGGAUUGCUUUUGGCUUAUCUCAGUAUUCCUGUUGUACAGAAUCUUCUCUCCAGUAGACAACAAAUGAAUACUAGCUUUGAACCAUUGAGGAUUAUCAACACAUACGGAGCUUUUGGCAGUGUUACUAAGGAACGAACUGAAGUCAUUAUUGAGGGGACCUAUGAUUUUAAUUUUGGAAAGAAUGGUGAGGGGGCCGACUGGGAGGAAAUUGAAUUCAACUGUAAGCCUGGUAAUGUAUCAAGAAGACCUUGCAUCAUAUCUCCUUAUCAUUAUCGUCUUGACUGGUUGAUGUGGUUUGCUGCAUUUCAGAGUUAUCAACAUAAUCCAUGGCUACUACACUUUUGUGCUAAACUACUUGCUGGAGAUCCUUCACUUAACUCACUCAUUGCUCACAAUCCUUUUAAGGAAAAGCCACCAAAUUUUGUGAGGGCAUUGCAUUAUCAAUACAAGUACACCAAAAUUGGAAGUAAAGAAUCAAAAAGAGGUCAAUGGUGGAAGAGAAAGAAGAAAGGAGUGUAUCUUCCAAUCAUCAAUAUUGAUUCACUUAAAGACAUAAUGUCAGGGCAAGGCUGGAAGUGGUACAAGGACAGUAAAUAGUUAAUGUAUUUUCACUUUUGUUAUUAUUAUUUUCCUUUCACUUUUUCACAUGAAAUUAACAGUUAAGGCUGGGAACCGGCCUAGUGUGAAUGUUAUCUGUUAACUUAUUGAGUAAAAUUUA